AUGUCUCCCAUCCCUCGGCCUUUGCCUCCAAGCGACCCAAAUACUUUCCUUUACUUUUUACGCAAACUACUUCCCUCCUCCAAUACGGACGCAGUCAGUCCUAUUAGCGCCGAUGAGCUCCAUAAUCCCCUGGAUUUCCCUGCUACUUACCCCCUACCUCGUCCACUUAUAAAACCAGAGGAGAACUCUCAACCCAUACCAGCACCACCCACCACUCAAUCCUCCGUCGUCAAUACUCCCGCAACCCUCAAAUCCAGCUUACAUCGAAUGUCAACCUGGCGGCCCUUUCAGACAGAUCAUGCGUCACUGGCUAUCGUCGAUGUUCCUCUCGCGCCGGGUAAACUGCGGUACGCAACAGCGGGUGCUCCCGGUGACGAUGAUGACCUGAUACGUGACGAAGACUAUAUUUCUCCUCCUCCUUCCCCCACACCCGGCUCACGGCCAGGGAUUGCCAACACCGGACAGCAUGGAAGCGGCCGGUUCUGUCUCUGCUUCUAA